AUGCCGUGGGACAACUACGGCCACCACUUGUUCUCCCUGGCAGCACUUCUGGUGAUUGUGAGCUGCGGAGGAGGGGAGCAGCGCAGAGGGACGGAUAGCAGCAGCAGCAGCAGCACCAGCACCAGCAGCACAGGUGGCAGCAGCAGCAGUUCUGGAGGAAGUAGUAACCGACGCUUUCACAAGAUCCAGCAUGGCCAGUGCACCUAUACGUUCAUCCUGCCUGAGGGCGAUGGAGCCAGAGGGGGCUCCUGCAGGGAGGCGAAAGCCGGGAGCCCGCAGCACAGCGGCAACUCUCUCCAGAGGGACGCUCCGCCGCCGGAGCCCGACUUCCCCAACCAGAAGAUCCAGCAGCUCGAGCACAUUAUGGAGAAUUAUACCCAGUGGCUCCAGAAGAUUGAGAACUACAUCAAAGAGAGGAUGAAGACAGAGAUGGCUCAGCUGCAGCAGAGCGCUGUCCACAACCACACAGCAGCCAUGUUGGAAAUGGGCACCAACCUCCUCUCUCAGACGGCUGAACAGACGCGCAAGCUGACUAACGUUGAGACGCAGGUUCUAAAUCAGACAUCCAGGCUUGAGAUCCAGUUGCUGGAAAAUUCUCUCUCCACUAACAAGUUGGAGAAAGAGUUAAUGGUCCAGACCAAUGAGAUCAGCAAGCUACAUGACAAGAACAGCCAGCUGGAGCAGAAGAUGCUAGAAAUGGAGAUGCGACACCGCGAGGAGCUGGAGACGCUGAAGCAGGAGAAGGGGAGUCUCCACACCCUGGUGGGGAGGCAGAGCGGCGUCAUCGGGGAGCUGGAGACCCAGCUGAACCGGGCCACGGGGAACAGCACGGCCCUGCAGAGGCAGCAGCAGGAGAUGAUGGACACCGUCCACAACCUGAUCAACCUCUGCUCCAAAGAUGGAGCCGUGCCCAAUAGCACAAAGGUCGCGGACGAGGAGAAGCAGUUCCGCGACUGCGCCGACCUCCACCAGGCUGGCUUCCAUAAGAGCGGCGUCUACACCAUCCAGAUCAACCCUCAGGAGACCAAGAAGGUGUAUUGCAACAUGGAAACAGCCGGCGGUGGAUGGACGGUCAUCCAGCACAGAGAAGACGGCAGCGUGGACUUCCAGAGAACGUGGAAGGAUUACAAGAUGGGUUUCGGCAGCCUGCCCGCAGAGCACUGGUUGGGGAACGAGUAUGUUUACCAGUUGACCAGCCAGAGGCAGUACGCCCUCCGUGUGGAACUGACAGACUGGGACGGACACCAGGCCUUUUCGCUAUACGACCGCUUCCAAAUCGGCGGUGAGAAACAAAACUACAGACUGUUCCUGAAAAGCCACAGUGGGACUGCAGGCAGACAGAGCAGUCUAGUAAUCCACGGAGCAGACUUCAGCACCAAGGACAUGGACAACGACAACUGCAUGUGCAAAUGUGCCCUGAUGCUCACUGGUGGUUGGUGGUUUGAUGCCUGUGGCCCGUCCAACCUUAACGGCAUGUACUUCACCCAAGGACAACACAUAGGGAAGUUGAACGGUAUCAAGUGGCACUACUUCAAGGGCCCCAGCUACUCGCUACGAGCCACGGCCAUGAUGAUCCGCCCGCUGGACUUCUCCUAG